AUCCGCCAUAUUGCCUCCUCAUAAACGCGCUGGCUGGAUCGGCUCGUACUCACAACUGAAAAUUGUUGCAGUAAUGACUCAGACAGUUCAGACCAAUGGGGUUCAACCCCUCAGUAAGACCUGGGAGCUGAGUCUGUACGAACUUCAGAGAACUCCACAGGAGGCUAUAACAGAUGGGUUGGAAAUAGCAGUGUCGCCCAGGUCCUUGCACAGUGAACUCAUGUGUCCUAUCUGUCUGGACAUGUUGAAGAACACAAUGACAACCAAAGAAUGUCUGCACCGCUUUUGCGCUGAUUGUAUCAUCACAGCUUUAAGAUCUGGUAAUAAAGAGUGUCCUACCUGUCGCAAGAAGCUGGUGUCCAAGAGGUCGCUGCGUCCAGACCCUAAUUUUGAUGCCCUUAUUAGCAAGAUUUAUCCCAGCCGCGACGAGUAUGAAGCCCACCAAGAAAGAGUGUUGGCCCGCAUUAGCAAACACAACAACCAGCAAGCCCUGUCCCACAGCAUAGAGGAGGGGCUGAAGAUACAGGCUAUGACCAGACUGCAGCGUGGUAAGAGACACACAGUGGAGAAUGGUAGUGGAGCUGAGGACAAUGGAGACUCCUCCCACUGUAGCAACGCUUCUGUGCACAGCAACCAGGAGGCAGGUCCAAGCAUUAAGCGCACCAAGACGAGUGAUGACAGUGGUUUGGACAUGGAUAACGCUGCUGAGAACGGGGGCGGGGAUUCUGUGAUCGACGGUGGUGCCAGCGAAAUAGAACUGGUGUUCAGGCCACAUCCCACCCUGAUGGAGAAGGAUGACGGUCACAACAGUGUGGAGUUUGUCCCUCGCUACAUUAAGACGUCCGGUAACGCUACAGUGGAUCACCUGUCUAAAUACCUGGCCGUCAGACUGGCUCUGGAGGAGCUGAGAAGAAACGCAGAGGCCAGUCCUGUUAAUGUGGAGGCAGCUUCAGAGAAACAGUACACCAUCUACAUACCUACUGCUGGAAACCAGUUCACUGUUCUGAAUGGUUCCUUCUCCCUUGAGCUGGUCAGCGAAAAGUACUGGAAGGUGAACAAACCCAUGGAGCUCUACUUUGCUCCUACUAAAGAACACAAGUAGACGCAUACAAACACACACAUGCAUACAUACACACGCACACACACACACACACACACACACACACACACACACACACACACACCAGUAGGAAAUAAACAUAUGGACUUUGCUAUACUUGCACACACAGAAACAAGAGGAGAGGAAUUUGUGUGUCUGAAGGAGAUGAGAGGGGUUGGUUUUACCCUCAAAAGGACUCUUGUAAAAAGAAAAAAACUUGUUUUAUAUUCUCUGUAUCUUUCUCUGUGUCUCUUUCUAUCUCUCUCUCUCUCUCUGUAGAAGGUAGCAGAUCAGUACAACAGCCAGCAGGUAAAUCAAAGCCAUAAUGGGCUUUUAAAGUAUUUGUAGAUUUGUUCCAACUCUGAAAAGCAGGGUCCAUUCACAGUCUGAAUUAGCAAUAUUCUGUUUUCCAAGUAAUAGAAAUUUUAUCAUACUGUUUUUUGUCUUCAGUAGAGGCCCCUUUAUGCUCUGUGAUUUUGGGCUGUAUCCAAAGUUGACUUUGAGAGACACAGGUGAAAUCUUAAAUCGUCAGUCCAAAUCUUUAUUAUACAGUAUUUGUUUUUCAUUACUGGGCAUUUUAAUUUUCUGUCUAAAUUUGUGAACCCUAAAACGUUUAUGGAAUCGCACAACUUUGAAAAAGAAAAUUCAAAGCACAUAAAUUCAGACAGCAUGUUUUCAAAGUAAAAUAUUUCAGUUUUCAACAAUAAGUUGUGAUUAAUCAGUGGUGAUUAAAUUUCAUAAUGAGGUUUGGGUUACUUAUGAAACAGAUGAUUACAGCCUUUUCUUUGCUUCCAUAGACAAUCUUCUAAACUGGUGGACAGUCAGACACAGAUUGCAAACAAGAGUUUAUUUGACCCAUCUGGCAUACUGUGACAUGCUGAUAGUGUAAAGGGGCCUUUGAAAAAGCACCUGAAUACUACAAGGUAAAAUGUGCGUUCACACUGAGGAACUUGACAGUUAUUGACCAGCGGUGGGCAGUGCACCAUAUUCAGUUGAAUCUAUAUGGUGGUAUGAAGCUACAAAGAUUGCCUUAGGCAAAUCAGUUUUCUUUGUCUUUUUCAGAUAAUGUUCCAAGUGUUCUCUAAACUUUUUUUUAACAUGGCUUUAUAAUAAAACUAGAGAACAGUGAAGGUCUGGAUGGCUGCAAUGUUUUUGUCAGGGCAGGUUGCUGUCUGAAACUGAAUCACUAUAACCGUAAUCUCUGUAAGCAGAUAUCUGCAUUAGGGCUGCUCCUUGAAAUUUAUAGAUUCGAAUCAUCAGUCGGAGACCUCUCAUACGACUGAGAUUGUGCAGUUUACUUCUGGGAAUGUUUUGGUCCCCAGAUUUUGCUGCAGAGUGAGCGCUCUUGACUUUCAUGCUACACUUUGGUACAGACAGCUGCGGACGUGAUGCAGCGGCACGGGGAGGAGAGACUCUGCACUGUAAGGCUUUGAGAUAACAUUGUCUUCGCUUUUCUGCUUAGAAGUGGUGAUUUUACAGCUCAUAGAUACUUGAUAUGACACAGUCUCUGGCUUUUGUUUCAUAUCUAGUGUCGGUAAAAAUUGUUGCACAUUUCCGUACUAUAUUACUUGAAUGCCACUGUCACACUCAACAUCCCGCUGCACCUGUUCAAACUUGGAAACUUGAUAUGGAGGGGGGAAAAAAACAAAUUAAGUGUAUUAAAAGGCCAAAUCUGAUUUGACUGACAUAUUUCAGAAUUGGGUACAGCCUUCAUCUGCAUAUGUUAGCAGACUCUGUUGGUUACCAGAAAAGAAUUUGGUAUCGGAAGUGUUCUGGUUUUCGUUUGUAGUCUGAGUUGUAUCAACCAAUCAUGUUUGGUUCCCUGCAGGUGAAUGGUCCAGGUGAAAAGCAAAACAAGCAGAACACACUGGCCAAAAUGCAAUCUUGACACCCAUAGGCUAUCGUCUGAAAAUGAUUUAGCUUUUUGGGUUGGUUCUUUUUUCUAAUUUAUUUGUGUUGGUAUGCAGAUAUCUGUUUAUAGAGAUUUGCAGAAAUGUUGUCUGGACCUGUCUCAUCAGUCGAACUGUAAACAGUGAGUGGUGCACAAAAGAGGGAGUCUUGGCCUGGAUAUCCACUGGCUACAUCGCAACUCCUUAGAAAUAUUGGCUGUUGCCCAAAUCAAGAUUGCGUAACAGGGAACAAGAGAGCACGAAAUGAAUGGAGCUCUGGUCAUUUCUGUCAGCGAUGCUACCAGUGUGAACGCAUUACAAUCCAACUGUACCAUUAGUAGGGCUUGUCUCUGUUUUGCUGGUCUGAUAUGGCCAGGGUUUUGUGUACAGCUGACUAACUCGUUGGGAACGUGAAUAGUGACGGAGAAGCUGUUGUCUUGAUCUGUUGCCUGUAGAAACAAAACUGUCCUCUGAUAUCUGUGGCUGCUCUCUAUGGCUUGUUCUUUUAUAAAUGUCUUUUAUAACAUGGAGAGGGAGGAGUGUGAUUGGAGGCGGGUGGGGUAGGAGGAUAAUUUUGCAGCACCAUAGACAGUCAAACCAUGAAAGUAUCUCUUCUGCUAUCUCCACCAACCUACUCCCUUUGCUGUUAAAUCACUGCUGACUCACCAGUGGAAGGCGGUUUUCUGUCACAGGAUCAUUUUGUAGCCAUCAUUUCUUAUAUGUAAAGAAUAGGCAUCAACAUCCAAACCAUCCUCAGCUAUAGCUCAGACAUGACAUCACAGAAUAUUUUAGGGUAUAUUUGUUUUUGUUGUGUUUCAGACACAUGGUGGGGUUUGGUUCAGUGUUUUAAUACCAUGUGUUUCAGUCUCCAUGUAGCUAACUUAGGGCUCUGAAAGUUCCACAAGAAUAGAAACCCUUAAGAGUGUGUGUGAGCUACAGUGAGUGGAUGUGAAGCCAAACAUGUUUGUACUAUAAAUGUUCCAUUAUGUCAACUGCCUUAUUUUACUUUGCAUCUGAUUCGGUACAUUAUCACGCCCAUAAGAACCCUGACUAGACAAACGCCAACCUUUCCACCCAAACAUACAUGUUUCAAACAUGAUGUUGCUCUUUUACCUGGUCUUUCUGUUUGUGGGCAAGAUGAUGGACCAGUGUGUGUGUGUGUGUGUGUGUAAGGGAAAUCAUGAGUUUUAUUUUAAUGGCACAGAAAUGUAAAGUUCGCAUGUAUGAAGCUCCUUCUGUUGAUGAGCAGUAAUGUAAAGAGGAUCAGAGCUGAUGUUGUCAUAGCUGCUGCUAACAGCCGCUGGGUGGCACAUUGACGGAUCAUGAGUGAGUGGAUGAACUGAUUUGUUGCUGCAGCCUGCAUCAGGUGUGGAAGGAUCCCUCUCUACAGCCUGUCUGGACUUAAGGACACCAAAGGCAGAUAUUCACUGCUGUUACAAAAGUGGGGUGUUUUAGGUCAGAAGCAGCAUUAAUUGUUCCAUGAAAAGCUGAAAAGGUUUUAUUUUUCUUGUCACUGAUGUCACAUUUGAAAUUUAGCAGUGCAGUUCUAAUGUAACUCAUUUAUUUGAUCCAAGAGCGAUAACACUUGCAGCAUUUGAGAGGCAGUGUCAGUGUAUGUUGACAGUGGUGAAGAAAACGAAACUAGGGCUUCAUAUAAACAGUACCUAGUUUGGUGAGCUGAUAAUCAGAGUAAAGCACUGUCACAUUCCAGUAUCACUAUCUCACAACAUUAAAAGGCUGCAGCCCACUUCUUUAUGACUUCACUGUUCAGUUCAGGACAGUUCAGUCAAUAUUUGUGAGAAUGUACUAAAGUCUCCUAAACUUAGAAACUACUGCAACCCUUCACAUGCGCACUGCUCUUUAUCAUCAACAACAUUUCUGUUAAUUUGACAAAACCAUCUUAACACUUGGUCCUUAUUAGCUUUUUGUGGAGCUUUAACUACAUCUCACGGUUUUCAUCAGCAGAUAAGUUUUGCUUAUUUGCUAUUAUAGAAAUGUUUUACCCACUAAAUGACCAUUUGUAUAUUAAUUACUCACUGUGUCUUAUGGGGAAUUAGUGAAGAAGACAUUUUCUCACGUCUCCAUAGUGAACAGAGAUCCCAAAAGGUGAAUAAAAUCUGGGGUUUAUAUGUAUUAAAGGUAUACGUCACCCACAAAAUGACCAUUUGUGUAUGGAUUACUCAUGGCAUAUUUACUUUAAAUUUGUUACAAAAACUUUCUCUCAUGCCUCCCAAAAACAGUCUUCAUAAAUUGAAGUACAUGGGGUCCAUGUUUAACAACAGCAAAACUAUAUCAAAACAUCUGUUUACAAACUCUCACAUGACUAGAGCAGUGUAAUCCAAGUCUCAUCUAUGUAGUCGUGUGCUCAGUACUUCACAAACACAUGAUUUUUCACUAAAAUGUUUCUAUUUAAUACAUGUUGGUACAUUCCCAUGCACAGCUGAACUCUGCUCAAACAGGGUUCUUUAGAGUUGCAACACUUGUAGGCAGAGGUGUUUUCUUUGUAACAUUUUAGUGAAAGUCAGGGAUCCCAGGGUCAUGGAAAACCUGAAAAAGUCAAAAGAAUCUUUAAAAAUCAUUGAACGUUUUGGAAAAGUCAUGGAAUUUUGUUGUCUAUGAAAUUAUUGAAGUAAUCUUCAUAGGAUAACCUUUCAUGUAAUGUAACAUAAUGGCAAUUUGUUUUAGCUCUAAUAGUUGUCGAUGUGUGUUGUAUUUUUGAUCAUCACAUAUGUCUCUUCAUUUUCUUCUGGCGUUCCCUCUCUCUCUCUUUCUUUGUUUGCCAGCUAGUUAAAAUUACGUUUGAAUAGAUUUUGGAUCUGGUAUGUUAUAAAAAUGCCCAGUAAGUAGGGCAAGAUUUCUUUUUCUUAUUAUGGGUUCUUACAAAGUUGUGAAAAAGUUUUGAAAUGUUCUUAAAUAUAUGUGGUAACUGUGGAAAAUAUGCAUACAACUGGGUAAAUGAGACUUAGAUUAUACUGCAUGAGCUGUGUGACAGUUUUGAUAAAGUGUUGUUGUUAAAUGUGGUCCCUGUUUACUUCAAUUGGUAGAGAAUGGUGGCAUUUUUUGGGAUUCCCCAUUCACUGUGGAGGCAUGAGAGAAAAUUUUUUCUUCACGAUUCAAAGUGGUGACUAACUAAUGUACAGAUAGUUAUUUUGCGAGUGAAAUAUUCCUUUAAAAAAAGCAACUCUAAAUGGACCGUGAGUUAAACUACUAUUUGGACAAGAAUGAACUGAGUUCUGAUUUUACCUGUGAAUGUGCCAUCUCAAUUAAGCCUCUGCUUAAUUAAAUGUCAGUGUGGCUGAGUCACUAUGAGGCACACCGCAAAUUGAAUGACUGCACCAGAUUUCUAGCUUUAGGAAAGAGAAAGCAGAAAGUUCCACAAACUAAACUGUCCUGAAGGCAUGUGUCAAAGGUCAACUGCUGGAGUCAAAACUCAGUGAAAACGGCUUCACUCCUGUCUCAUUUGGUACCUGUGUGUCUGAUAAUCUGUCUGUGUGUGUGUGGAACCUGUACACUGCAUCUUUCUGUUUGGACAAUAAACCUGAAUCUAUGUGUUCGACAGAGAA